AUGGUAGAGGAUCGAGAAAAUACAGAGGAUAUCAAAGCGCAAGACUCAAAGAUAUUCAAGAUCGACAUUGUGCUAAGCAUCAUAUUUGGACUUAUUUCUUAUUGUUUGAAAUUAAUGCUAGAGAAUAACUCUUUUUACGACAUUCGCCUUGGUCCUAAGGGGUUUUCUAAUGCAACAGCAUACAUAUUUACUUUACAGUUGAUUUUGCCAUUAUGCAUAAUAUUUAAAUAUUUAUGCAUGUUGAAAUGGGAAAGAAUAUCCAAAUGGAAGUUUAUCAUGAUUUUCAUAUUCCACAUAUCUACAGUAUUCCUAUUUUUUUGCUGUUGGGAUGCUCUCCAUGAUAUUAGAUAUCCAAUACAAACAGAGAAUUAUCAUAGGAUCCUUGAAUCGGAGUCUAGAUUUUUCGAUUAUCUUGAUUGCUUUUUUCAGUAUUUGUAUUUUGAAUACAUAUUCAGAUUUUUUUUAGUGGCACUUUACAUGUCACCAAAGAAUACGCUUAUCAUGAAGAUACUGCGUUUUAUUUUUAGCUUGAUAUGGAUAUUGUUUGUUUUUUUGCUGUGUGCAAGCAUAUUUGACUUGCUAGAUUCGUCGUCAACGAAUAAGAUGAUCGCUUUGAGAAUGAAAAAACUGUCGCUUAACAACGUAAGCAAUGAUAGUAAUAAGAACAAAAACUUAAAUGCCGAAGAUUAUAGGCACAGUCCAUACACCGAAGAUUAUAUGCACAACAACCUAAAUGAUGGCGAGCCUAAAUACAAGAUAAAUAACUUAUCUAAAGAACAGAACUAUGAUUCUGAUGCUGAUCCAAAAGCCUAUGAAAAACAAUAUCAUGACGAUGUGGAAAGUUAUCUAAAUGGAUUGCUAACUUCAAACAUACGUAGAUGA